AUGGCUGCGAAGCUGCGAGCGCAUCAGGUGGACGUGGACCCGGACUUCGCGCCGCAGAGCCGGCCGCGCUCGUGUACCUGGCCCCUGCCGCAGCCAGACUUGGUCGGCGACGAGGACGGAGCGCUGGGUUCAGGGGUGGCCGAGGGCGCUGAGGACUGCGGGCCGGAGCGCCGAGCCACGGCCCCGCCGAUGGCCCCAGCGCCGCCGUUGGGCGCGGAGGUCGGACCGCUGCGGAAAGCGAAGAGCUCCCGGCGGAACGCGUGGGGGAACCUGUCCUACGCCGACCUCAUCACCAAAGCCAUCGAGAGCGCCCCGGACAAGCGGCUCACGCUCUCGCAGAUCUACGACUGGAUGGUCCGUUACGUGCCCUACUUCAAGGAUAAAGGCGACAGCAACAGCUCGGCCGGCUGGAAGAACUCCAUCCGGCACAACCUGUCUCUGCACACCCGGUUCAUCCGCGUGCAGAACGAGGGCACAGGCAAGAGCUCCUGGUGGAUGCUGAACCCUGAGGGCGGAAAGACGGGCAAGACCCCGCGGCGCAGGGCCGUGUCCAUGGACAACGGGGCCAAGUUCCUGCGCAUCAAGGGCAAGGCCAGCAAGAAGAAGCAGCUGCAGGCACCGGAGCGAAGCCCCGACGACGACAGUCCCCAGGGCGCGCCAGCCCCGGGACCCGUGCCUGCCGCGGCCAAGUGGGCCACGAGCCCGGCCUCGCACGCCAGCGACGACUACGAGGCGUGGGCCGACUUCCGCGGCGGCGGGAGACCCCUGCUCGGGGAGGCGGCCGAACUGGAGGACGACGAGGCCCUGGAGGCCCUGGCGCCGUCGUCGCCGCUCAUGUACCCGAGCCCGGCGAGCGCGUUGUCGCCCGCGCUGGGUGCGCGCUGCCAGGGGGAGCUGACCCGCCUGGCCGAGCUCGGGGGCCCGCUGGGCCUGCACGGCGGCGGCGGGGCGGGGCUGCCGGAGGCGCUGCUGGACGGCUCGCAGGAUGCGUACGGGCCGCGGGCCCGCGCCGGGACGCCCGCCUACUUCGGCGGCUGCAAGGGCGGUGCCUACGGCGGGGGCGGGGGCUUCGGGCCGCCGGCGCUGGGCGCGCUGCGCCGCCUGCCCAUGCAGACCAUCCAGGAGAACAAGCAGGCCAGCUUUGCGCCGGCCGCCGCGCCCUACCGCCCGGGGGCGCUGCCCGCGCUGCUGCCGCCACCGCCACCCGCGCCCAGGCCCGGCCCAGUGCUGGGCGCGCCCGGGGAGCUGGCGCUGGCGGGCGCGGCCACCACCUACCCGGGCAAGGGGGUGGCCCCGUACGCGCCGCCGGCGCCCUCGCGCAGUGCCUUAGCCCACCCCAUCAGCCUUAUGACGCUGCCCGGCGAGGCGGGCGCGGCGGGAGUGGCGCCGCCGGGCCACGCGGCCGUCUUCGGGGCCCCCCCCGGCGGCCUCCUGCUGGACGCGCUGCAGGGGCCGUACGCGGCCGCCGCCGCAGGGCCGCUGGGUGCCGCGCCCGACCGCUUCCCGGCCGACCUGGACCUCGACAUGUUCAGCGGGAGCCUCGAGUGCGACGUCGAGUCCAUCAUCCUCAACGACUUCAUGGACAGCGACGAAAUGGACUUCAACUUCGACUCGGCCCUGCCGCCGCCGCCGCCCGGCCUGGCUGGGGCCCCGCCCCCCAACCAGAGCUGGGUGCCGGGCUGA